UUUGGCCAGCGGCGCGAAGUUUAGUUAAUAUUAUUAAGCGGAGUGACGGCAACAUUGUCGCAACGUUUCGCGCGGAUCGCUGAUCGUUCGGCGGUAAAGAGAGCUUUUUGGCGGAGGCUAAAUAGUGUUAGUGCGAGGGGUUUCAGUAUGGUUCUUCUUCAGGUUAUUUCGCGUGGCAUUUUUCUCUUUCUUGCUUCGCGAACUCAAUGCGACGUCGCGCUUAUUUCGGUUCUGCAACUUCCGUUAGUGGCCGGCCUGAAAAGUAAACAAAACGCCACUUAUCACACGCAAACGUGACAAUUCCGCUGCGGCUGAUGGGCAUCUGUGAGAUGCAGAGAUACAAGUUGAAUACCCAAAACCCCAAAUGUUGCAGAAAAAGUGCCACAAUUACGGCCCAUUUUACUGUAAUGAAGCCAGGUGCCAAAAAUGAAAUAUUAGAGAGCCGAAGAGAUCAAAAAUCAAAUAAAUUGUGCGUGUCUUUGUCGGCCAUUGUGCAAAAAAUUUAUAAACUGGAAGCUCCAAAAGCCAAAUACGAAUGAAAUAUAAACAACACACGAAACAUUCCGGGCUUGUUGUAUUUGCAAGACUUUAGCUUUGUGUUUACGUAAAGAUAACGAAAUGCCGUGAUAAAAAUUUAAUUGAUUAUUUUUAAAUGCAAGGGAUUUUUGAUGUGGUCGGAGAUCAAAAAUGUAUAAGAAGUACACACAUAUGAUAGAAGUGAAAUUUAUGUAUAAAAUGCAGAAAAACCAAAUAAAUUUCAAGUGUAAAGUUUUACCGCACCUUUCAAGUCUAGUAUAAUUUAGUCAAUCAUCAUAUUGUGAUCUACAUAUAUAAAAAUUGGUAUUGAUUGGGCCGCAGUUUUAGCUUGACUGCGCUUCUGCCACUCAAUAUAAGCCUCCAUGCCAUAUAAAUCAGUCAAUUUCAGUCAUUUAUUCUGCACCUUGCGGUGUUUAUAAUUUUUGGUUUAAUUAGCCACCGCGGUCCGCCAGAACCGACAGCGGUUACAAAUGUAAAACGCGGAUGCCAAUGCAAAAAUGAGCUGAAGGCAACAACAACAAGCAGCAAUAAAACCAAAAAUCGAUUGCCAAAAAUAAUAUAGAGUCAACUAUAUUCGCCCAUCGGAAUAACGCGCAUUAAACGAUGAUGGCCCAGAACAUUGACACCAAAACCGGCAACAAAGGGGAAACCCAUCAAUUGCAACUGCCUGCAGAGGCGUCGUUGGGCGCCACUCUGCAGCACUCGCAGGUGCGACGUCAUCGGCGCAGCAUCUCACAGCUGAUGGCCAGCAUGGUUGAAUACCCCACGGACGAUGUGUACCGGCCAACGCACUUCGGCGGCUACGUUAACAGAGGUUACGAUGAUAUAGACAGUUCCUACUACUUUGCCCAGUUCGAGGCGAUGACAGAAGCUCGCGCCGGGAGAGCGGCCCUGCCGCCCUAUGCAACUACCGAAUCGGACGGUGAGCACGGCAGCGGGGAAGCAGAUGCAUCGGCAGAGGCAUCAUCCAACAACGAGGAAGAGGAGGUAUUCCGCGACUGCACGGACGACGUGGUGGCCGAGCAGCAAAACCGCUGUCUGCCAGAGUUUCAGUUCUCCCUGGUUGACUCCGAGUACGACGAGACUCUGGCCUUUCCCGAUUCGGUAACCAUCCUGUCCAACGUGGGGGACAAGCCAGUCCUGGUGGAACGCAAAGAAACGGACGAUGACGAGGAAGAGUUCGACGACGAGGAGAACAAUAGUGUUGUUCUGCGUCACGAGAUACCGUUCACCAGCAUCUAUGGACCGAGUGUAAAAUUCAACUCAUUUCAGCGAAAGGUCUUUAUUCCGGGUAGAGAGAUCCAUGUUCGGAUCGUUGAUACAGAGCGCAGCGUCACAACACAUUUGCUGAAUCCAAAUCUGUAUACGAUUGAGCUCACUCACGGACCCUUCAAGUGGACGAUCAAACGGCGAUACAAGCACUUCAACUCGUUGCACCAGCAACUCAGCUUUUUCCGGACUUCGCUCAACAUUCCCUUUCCCAGUCGCAGUCACAAAGAAAAGCGCACCACACUGAAAGCCACUGCCAGCCAGAUGGCCGACGAGUCCACCCUCAAGGACCUGUCGGCGCACACCAAGGUCAAGCAGACCAGCACUCCGAUGAGUGGUGAAGGCAGCAAAACAGUCAACAGUAACGGCAACUCUGCCAUGGCUAUCAUCAGUCCCAGUCACAGUUCGAUUCUGGCGGGAUUGACACCCCGACGUAUUCAAAAGAAACGCAAGAAAAAGAAAAAAAGGAAGCUUCCACGGUUCCCUAACCGUCCUGAGAGUCUGGUCACUGUGGAGAAUCUAACCGUCCGGAUCAAGCAGCUGGAGGAUUACCUAUACAACCUGCUUAACAUUAGUCUGUACAGAUCCCACCACGAAACGCUGAACUUCGUUGAAGUGUCCAAUGUGUCCUUUGUUCCGGGAUUGGGUAUUAAGGGUAAGGAAGGAGUAAUUUUAAAGCGAACUGGAUCAACGAGACCAGGGCAAGCGGGAUGCAACUUCUUCGGCUGCUUUCAAAAGAACUGCUGUGUGCGCUGCAACUACUUCUGUUCGGACGUGGUAUGCGGAACGUGGCGAAGCCGCUGGUUCUUUGUAAAGGAGACCUGUUUUGGCUACAUUCGUCCAACUGACGGAAGCAUCCGGGCAGUAAUCCUCUUCGAUCAGGGAUUUGACGUGUCUACGGGCAUUUAUCAGACUGGCAUGCGCAAAGGCUUACAGGUGCUGACGAACAACCGACACAUUGUGCUCAAAUGCUGGACACGACGCAAAUGUAAGGAGUGGAUGCAGUACCUCAAGAACACAGCUAAUUCGUAUGCGCGGGACUUCACACUGCCCAAUCCGCACAUGUCCUUCGCCCCGAUGCGCGCCAAUACCCAUGCCACGUGGUACGUAGACGGCGCUCAGUAUAUGUCAGCCGUGGCCGAUGGCUUAGAUGCUGCUCUCGAGGAGAUUUAUAUUGCUGACUGGUGGCUUAGUCCCGAGAUAUACAUGAAACGACCAGCACUCAACGGUGACUAUUGGCGCUUAGACAAGAUUCUGCUGCGAAAGGCUGAAGAGGGAGUACGUGUCUUCGUUCUGCUGUACAAGGAAGUGGAAAUGGCUCUGGGCAUCAACAGCUACUACAGCAAGUCAACAUUAGCCAAACACGAAAACAUAAAAGUCAUGCGACAUCCGGACCAUGCCAGAGGUGGUAUUUUGCUAUGGGCCCAUCACGAAAAGAUCGUGGUCAUCGAUCAGACAUAUGCGUUCAUGGGAGGAAUUGACUUGUGCUACGGUCGUUGGGACGAUUCCCAUCACCGCCUUACAGACUUGGGCAGUAUAUCUACGUCCUCCUUUUCUGAUAGCACUCGUCGUACACCCAGCUUGUAUUUUAGCAAGGACGAUACGGAUUCGGCCUUCGGAUCACGAAAGUCUUCGCGGAAUGCCCACUAUGAAACGCCGUCUAAGGAAAGGUCACCGUCUCCACCGCCGGAUGAACCCAGUACUAGUUUUGAGUUAAGGACUCUGAAGCCCGGGGAUCGUCUUUUAAUACCCUCUAUGUUAGUUUCGAGUCCGGGAGAAACGCCCGGUGAAACGGGCAUUGCGCUAGAGGGGAUGAAGCUCAAUACUCCCGAACUGGAGCGUAAGAACGUUCUCGAUCGACUCAAAAACAACGCGAUGAAGGGUGCCCGUAUGGGAAAGGACUUUAUGAACCGAUUAACAGCGACGGAUGCGGUGGAAGAGAAGUCUGACGAAGUGUACACUAUCGAAUCUGUUGAUGUUACGGACCAAGAAGUUAACCUGACCUCGGCUUCAGGCGAGCAGGGGGUAGCUGUAACCAUCGGCAGCACGCAAAUACUCAGUGAGUUCUGCGGCCAGGCGAAGUACUGGUUCGGCAAGGACUACUCCAAUUUCAUACUCAAGGACUGGAUGAACCUAAACUCACCGUUCGUAGACAUCAUAGAUCGGACAACCACUCCACGUAUGCCGUGGCACGAUGUGGGGAUGUGUGUGGUAGGUGCAUCCGCCAGGGAUGUGGCCAGGCACUUUAUUCAGCGCUGGAACGCUAUGAAGCUUGAGAAACUGCGUGACAACACACGGUUCCCCUACCUGAUGCCGAAAAGCUACCACCAGAUUAGGCUAAACCCCCAGUUGCAUCAAAACCGACAGCAGCGUGUCACUUGUCAGCUCCUUCGGAGCGUCUCUGCCUGGAGCUGUGGUUUCAUUGAGGCGGAUCUGGUGGAGCAGAGCAUCCACGAUGCAUAUAUCCAGACGAUCACAAAAGCACAACACUACGUGUACAUCGAGAACCAGUUUUUCAUCACAAUGCAGUUGGGAAUGGGCGUGCCAGGUCCGCACAAUAAUGUGCGAAAUCAAAUCGGCGAGACUCUCUUUAAACGGAUCGUGCGGGCACACAAAGAGAGAAAAUCAUUCCGUGUUUUUGUGAUAAUGCCGCUCCUACCCGGCUUCGAGGGUGAUGUGGGUGGAAGUACUGGCAUUGCAGUCAGAGCCAUUACACAUUGGAAUUACGCAUCCAUUUCCAGGGGACGCACUGCAAUUCUGAAUCGUCUGAAUGAGGCGGGCAUUGUAAAUCCCCAUGACUACAUCUCAUUCCACAGCUUGCGUAACCAUUCGUUCUUGAACAACACCCCUAUCACAGAGCUAAUUUAUGUGCACUCAAAGCUCUUGAUCGCCGACGAUCGUGUGGUAAUAUGUGGCUCUGCAAACAUCAACGAUCGAUCAAUGAUCGGAAAGCGGGAUUCUGAGAUAGCUGCCAUCAUCAUGGACGAAGAGUUUGAGGAUGGCCGCAUGAACGGCAAAAAGUAUCCAAGCGGUGUGUUUGCCGGACGCCUCCGAAAAUAUCUGUUUAAAGAACAUUUAGGCCUCCUGAAUGGUGAGGGUUCCAAUCGUUCGGAAAUGGACAUCAGCGAUCCAGUUUGCGAUAAGUUCUGGCACGACACCUGGCGUAAGAUCUCAACAAAGAACACAGAGAUAUACGACGAGGUGUUUAAGUGCAUUCCUACCGACUACGUAAAGACAUUUGCCAGUCUACGCAAGUACCAGGAGGAGCCGCCACUUGCCAAAACGGACCCCGAGCUAGCCUCCAAUCGAGCCACAAACAUUCAGGGUUAUCUGGUAAACCUGCCAUUAGAGUUCCUCAACAAGGAGGUGCUCACACCGCCCGGAACCAGUAAGGAGGGCCUUAUUCCUACCUCUGUAUGGACAUAGUCUGCAACAAGUCUCAAAGAGGCAACUAGCUUUUACAAUUCUAAGGAACACCUCUUACCGUUUAUCACCCACCAAAAGCGCUUAACUUGAACGCUUGUCAUUGCCAAGUCAUACAAUUUUUAUAUUGUAUUAUAUAUUACAAUAGAUUACUCUAGAUAAAAACAAGUACUUAUAGUUAUGCUCUAUAAAUAGUUAAUUUAUUAUACCCUGUUUGUCUAUGUCUUCAAGUAGUUUUUAAAUGUCUGUUGUUAUUUUUUACAGUAUUUUAAACCGGCGUACAAACGUUUAUUAAAGUGAUAUGAAGUGCAAAUGAACAAA